CGCUCCCGUUACGGGAUGCAGGGUUGGUUGGUUCUGCUUUCUUCACGAAGUUCCCGCUCCGAAGUUACAGUUAUUAGCGUUAAAUACUCACUUCUUUUAGCAUACGAUUAUAUUGUCUUGUGCGGGUGUUUAACAGAUAUCCGCUACCACGUUAUUUGACGUUUAAAUAUCUGAGUUAGCGUUAAUCACUGUGAGGUUGUCGUCUCGUCGUCAGCUAACAGCAGCUUAGCAUCGGGAGCUAACGGAGUCCGUCAUCGUUACUUCAGGACAUGUCGAGGAAAAAGUUCACACAUCAGGAGCUUCUGGUUCUUCAUCUCUGGAUCCUGAUUCUGUCCGCAACAAUAAUUGGACAUGAAAACGAACUUGUCUUGAAAGACCGAACAGGUGAAAUCCCAGAACUUGUCUUGAAAGACCGAACAUGUGAAAACCCAGGUGCAGCUCCAGAGCUUUUGAUCACCAUAGAUGAUAUCACAAAGCUCGGGGUCCGGCUGAAGUGUGACGUUCGAGGUGCUUUUCCUCAGCCGAAGCUGCAGUGGAAACACAGUGAUGGAAGCGUCCUUCCUGCUGAAGAACCACAGGUCUCAAAAAGAGAAAACCGCUAUGAUGUCACCCUCUGGACUACUGUGUCCAAGACCACAACCAACCGCUUCCAAUGUGUAGCCUCACAGGAGGGGAUCAGACACGUGAUACAUGCUGAGGUGGCUGUGUCAGAUGAACUGUUUGAGGCCACACACAGCAGACUGCCUGUCAUAGGAUUGGCCACUGGUUGCAUUGCGUUUUUCGCUGUUCUUCUAGCUGCAAUAUGCAUCAAAAUACUGUGUUAUAAAGAGUCUCGUCUUGUGGGUGACGUGGGUUGGAAAGAAAGACAAGCUUGUCUUACAGACAUAAAAAAGAUUAUCCUGAUGAAGAAGCCGUAUACGAGAUCUUUGUGAAACUUGAAUGUGAUCCAGUUGUUGUUUAGACUUUGUGGCUUUUUUAAUGAAUAAGAUGAAGCUACAACUCAACAAAACAGGUAAUCACCUGAGUGCGAGUAUGUUUUUUCCUUAAAAUGUAUGUGAAUGCAAAUUCUGUUGCUUUUGUCUUUGUGUUGGAAUGAAUCUAUUUUUUAUAUUUGUAACACAGUGAAGUAAUGCCAAACAGUGCUGAUUCUUUUCAUCUUUUCAACGCUGGUAAAGACAACCAGUGGAUAUCAUAUUUUAGACAGAGCUUAAACACAGCUACAGGUUCAGGUGUUAAUGAAUGUUGGCUUGCUUUGUUAUAGCAAUCGUUGCUUUUUGAUGUCUUUAAAUUAAAUGAGCUGUGUGUA